ACGGAUCGUAGUUGAAACGGCAAACAUGCGGCGGGCCGACAACAGCGGUCUUGAGCUCCCGACCGCCAACGACGUCGACGACCCAACGUCGGAGGUCGUCGAGAAGCCGCCGCCGAUGCACGCGCGCUGGCUCUACCGCCUUGACGCGUUCAUCUCGCGCAACGACGGCCAAGCCAUCGUGCUUGUGACGCUCUGCAUCCUCUUUGCGUGCAGCCUCGCGCCGUUCGUCGUCUGGACGAGCGGCUUUAGCUACGCCAACGCAGCCUGGCGGGUGUGGACGUACAUGGCCGACACGGGCUCGCAAAACGAAGCGGUCGAGUGGCCCGAGCGCGCCGUUGCGCUCUGUGCGACCUUGCUCGGCUUUGCUUACUUUGCCGUCGUCGUCGGCUUCGUCGUCGACGCGAUCCGAGAGAAAAUGGAAGUCCUCAAAGAAGGCCGAUCUCAAGUCGUCGAGUUGGGCCACACGCUCAUGCUCGGGUGGUCGGACAAGUCGCUGUCCUUCUUGAAAGAAAUCUGCAACGCCAACGAGAGCGAAGGCGGUGGCACGGUUGUCGUGCUCGCCGAAGACCACAAGGAGGAGCUCGAAGCGCUCAUCGACACCCAAUUGACCAAGCGGCUUGGCACGCGCAUCAUCAUUCGCCAUGGGAGUCCGCUCAUCAUGGCCGACUUGCUCCGCGUCGGGGCGCCCCAUGCGCGAAGCAUCUGCGUCAUGUCGACUGAUGCAGAUGCCAACAAGUCGGAUUCGAACCUGCUGCGCGUCAUCUUGACGUUGCACAACUUGCCUCAACUGACUGGGCACAUUGUCGUCGACAUGUGCGACGGUGACAACGAAUCGCUGCUCGAGCUCGUGGGUGGCAGCGUGCUCGAGACGGUCGCGUCCCACGACAUCAUUGGCGAAAUGAUCGUCAUGUGCAGCCGGUCGCCGGGCUUGGCCAACGUCUACGCCAGCCUCCUCGGGUUUGGCGGCAAUGAAUUUUACAUUGAAAAAUGGCCCGAGUGUGACGGCAUACCCUUUGGCGAGCUCCAUGCGCGCUUUCUCGAUGCGAUUCCAAUUGGCAUUCAAGAAGUGAGUGGCCGUGUCGUCAUCAAGCCCGCCAAGAACCGUCCAAUGGCGCCCGGCGAAGGCGUCCUCGUGCUCGCCGAAGACAACGACUCGUACAAGGCCGCGCUUCCCGUGCCCAUUGACAUGGGGGUGCCGCUCCUGCUCGAGCGACCGCGGACGUUGCCUCAGCGCAUUUUGAUUGCGGGUUGGCGCCGCGACAUUCGCAACAUGCUGCGGCUCCUCGACAAGCUCAGCGUCGCCGGCACGGUCGUCGUGCUCAUGAACGACACGCCGGUCGCCGAGCGCAACGCGACCUUCUUGGACGAAGGGUUCAACGUCGAUAGUCUCACCAACAUCUCAGUCCAGCACCACGUGGGCAACCCCGCGGUGCGGCGCCACGUCAAUACGCUCGACUUGGCGGAAUUUGACGCGUACAUGGUCGUCGCCGACAUGAACCGCGAAGUCAACAUUCUCGACUCGGACUCGCACGUGCUUGCGGCGGUCCUUACGAUCCGGAGCUGCGAAGACGAGCAACUGGACAAGAAGGGCCAGCAGUACCUCGCCAAGAGCGUGGUCCAAGGCGUGCGCGCGCUGGCACCGCGGCACUUUACGCCGUGCAUCGCCGAGGUCCUCGACCCGCGCACACAGCGAACGAUCGACUCGAACGACCGCGUCCAGCACAGCAGCGACUUUAUCCAGUCCAACCACCUCGUCUCGCAGAUGAUUGCGAUGGUGUCCGAGAACCGUCUGGUUAAGGGCAUACUGGCCGAGCUCUUGGGCGACCGCGGCGCUUCGUUUGACGUCGUCCCGUCCAAGAGGUCCCUCCGUGGCUCGGGUAGAAAGGGUACCUGAAUGUUGGGAUGCGUAGAUUUUGCCGCCGGCAAGAGACUCUGAGUUUGUUUCAAAUCGCUCAGCGCGCGCUCACGGUCGCGGACGAAAUUGUGUGUGGCUACCGCAAUACGGCCGGGACGCAGACCUUUGUGCUCAACCCGCCGCACAAGACGUGGGUCCAGACGUGGGACGAGUACGAGUUCAUCGUCUUGCGCGGCAACGACCGUCAGCGCCAGAUCGACGUGGCGACGCGCGUCACAAAUACCUUGACGCACCAUUUGCGGCGGUCGCGCUUCCGUGAUUUCAUGCGCCAGCACUCGUUUGAAGAAAAGAAGCCGCCGCCGACGAGCACCGAAGCGCCCAAGCAGGUCGCCUUCAAGAGAACCCUCGUCGCGAGCCGCCUCUACGAUCUUUGGGCCAUGACCGAAGAGCUCUCGACGAUGGUGCGCGACGGAGUGUUACCAGACGACGUCUCGCGCGAACUCAUCACCGAGUAUUAGCACUUUCUUCUCGACAUAUAUUGCAUUGGAGUUACUCUACUAGCAUGCCACUUGAAGUUGACACAUAACCUAGCCGCUAGCAAGGGUCAAUAAACAGGUUACUGUUUAUUAAACCUUGCCGCUAAGGACUGCAUCGUCAUUCAUGGCGCCGUGGCCUCCG